AUGGCGGAUUUCAAAAUGACCGUGACAAUUCUUCUCUUGCUGUGCUUAGUUUCCAGUGGCAUGGGAAUGUCUCUCAUAAGGCGGGAUCUGAAGGGGAAUUCUGCUGCAGAAAGAUUUCUCCGAGCACUAGAUAAACGUAAGGCGUUAGUGCAUCUACUCAUAGUCAUUUCUGCUCACUUUACUUUUACCUGUUUAGAACGUAACCAAGACGAUGAACAAAAUGGCGUUUAAUUGUUGAGUAGUCUGUCACUGUAAGCACGAGCAGCUAGGAACUCGAUAAGUUAGAUUCUACAGGGUUGUUUAACUUCCCGAUUUUAUAACCAAACACUUCAAUUGGUCCAUAAAAACAAACUUUCAUUGUCCAACUCAAUAAAAUAAACACAGUUUCUAGUUCCAGUUUUUUUCUUUUUUUGACCCGAUGAGUCAUGUGAUUAUUGAACUAACUCUGUUCUUUAUUUCUUUUCUGUUGUUUUUUUGAUUCUAAGAAUUGUUUUCUUGAUUCAAAUGGUUCUCCCUUAUUAUUUAUCCUUCAGGAGCGGAGCUUGUUGAACGUUCUGAUUGUCAAGACACAAACCCCGAUAUAUACUUCUGCAUGUUUGCGGCCUUUGAAGAGCAAUCUUGUGAAACGUAUGGAUCGGAAUGUGCCUUUUCAUGUGGAAUCUGUUAG